GUAUAAUAAAUAACGAUAAUUAAGUAACUAACUAGUCACUAAACUAUAGUAUUAAUAUUUAAUACUAGUGAAGUAAUUUAAACACUCCGAAACAAUAGUGACCAGCCUUUUUACUUUGUGACUUUUGUUUUUGUGCUUUAUGUCACUUUUUGGUUUCUAGUUAAUGAAUGUCCUUUGUCAGCAGUCAGUGGUGAGGACCAUUUGCUUCGUGUUUUUUUUUGCAUAUAUGUGUGUAUUGUUCAAUAGCGAGUGUAUUAUCAACGACGAUAUUAAUUAAAAGAAAUAGUAGCAACCUGGUGGUGACGUUGAAACACAACGAUCAGAUCUGAUGACAAUGAGCGAGUCAAAUGAAUGUAACAAUACAUCAACGCCAAAACAGCCAUAUAGGCCAGUAAUCAUUGUACAUGGUUUGAUGACUGGUGAUGUUAGCACAAUGCAACAUCUGGCUGCUCGUAUAGCUGAGUUACAUCCAGGCACCAAAACAUAUGUCAUAGACAGGUUCUGUGGCUUAGCUAGCUUAGAACCAUUGUGGCGACAGACAAAGAAGUUAGCUGAUGACCUAUUAAAAAUAUGUUCGUUGCAUCCAGAAGGUGUUCAUGUUAUAGGAUACUCACAAGGCGGACUCAUAGCAAGGGGCAUGAUAGAAGAAUAUGGUACUGAGCACAAUGUUAGGACAUUUGUAUCGCUUAGUUCACCGCAAGGAGGACAAUAUGGUGCUGAGUGUUUCACUAAAAUGUUUCCUGCACUGACAGCCCGUACUGCAUAUGAGUUGUUCUACACACGGUUGGGUCAACGGGCUCUGUCUGUAGCUAAUUAUUGGUAUGAUCCCAGACAUAGGGACCUAUACCUUAAAUACAGUGCUUAUCUUGCGGUAAUUGAUAAUGUUAAACAACAAAAAUCAAGUGAUUUUAAUUUACAACAAUAUAAUGAUAAUGAUAUGAAAGCUAUGAUGGUCAAUACAUCUACCGCAGUAACCGGUAGCACUACAAAUGUAGCAAAGACUGAUGAUGACUCACCAAAAAUGGUUGAAGCACGCAUUGCUACUGCUAUAGCAGCAGUCUCCGCUGCUACUGUCAAGAUUGCUGAAAGCCAUAACGACAAUAACAUUGAUGCUAACAAUGUUACAACAGAUGUUAAUACAAUUAUGGCUGUAGUUUUGGCCCACGAUAAUGACUAUGCAGAAAAUAGUAGUAGCUCUAACCCUAAUACCAAGAAACUGGGUCUGACUCGACUGCAGAGACUGGUAUUAAUUGGUGGGCCUGACGAUGGAGUUAUUUCGCCGUGGCAAUCCAGUCAAUUUGCUGUAUUGGAUAGUUCUGGUAAACUGAUAUCUAUGCGGGAGCGGCGACAAGAUGACAUAUACAGUGAUAAUGACCCAAUUGGAUUACAUCAGCUAGACAUGACGGAUCGAUUGGUGGAGUACACUGUGCCAGGAGUGAAUCAUCAUGAGUGGCACCACAAUGAAAAGGUACUCCGUGAGUGCAUAAUUGGAUGGUUAGACUAGAAACAGAUCUAUAGUGAUGCUAUAGUGGGCCAUAAUAGGAGUGGUCUAUUGUACAAAAGCAGAAAGAGGACUUCCAAGACCAAUACAUGUCUAUAAAUAUUACAUCAUUUAUCAAAUGCUAUUGUGAUAAUAUUGUUGAAAUUAUAUAUUUGUAUUUACUAUAACUAUUAAAUAUUAAAUAACUAAUUAUUUUGAAUUUUAA